UAGGUGAAAUCGAACCCCCAUCCUUCUAAAGCCCACCUAAAUCUUCUCCCUUUUUCAUGUUAGAAUCAUCCCGCUCCUCGCCAUAUUUCUUCCUCAAUUAAUUCUUCUUCUUCUUCUUCUUCUUCUUCUUUUUUCUUGCUCUAAUUAAUCUUACGCCACAGCAGCUGUGGCUCUGCAUUCACCAAACGGGGCUUCUUCGCUUCUAGCCCAAUAAAUUGGUCAUUUGCCUGAAAUGGCGAAUAACCCCCAGUCUGCAGGAAUGCAGCCUCGUAUAACUGGUCACAUUCCUCCUCCAAAUUCUCUUCCACCCAUGUCAAUGCAAUUUCGUCCCAUGAUUCCACCACCACCAUCACAGCCAUUUGGUCCAAUGGCUCCUCAGCAAUUCCAGCCAGGUGGUCAGUCAAACAUAGGGAUGCCUCCUCAUCCUCCCCAACUCCAGUAUCCUCAAGCAGUGCCACCUCUACCAUCUCAGCUACCUCCACCAUCACAGCCGCCUCCACCAUCACAGCCGCCUCCACCAUCUCAGCCACCUCUGCCAUCACAGCCACCGCCACAAAGAGCGGGUCUUCCAGGGCAUAGUUUGCCUCAAGGACCACCACCACCUCCACAGCCCGAUUUCCAGCACAACAGAGUUGUGAUGUCUGCUUCUCCCGCACAACUACAAUUCUCUAAUAAUUACAUGCAAAGUUAUGGUGGUCCAAGAGUCCCUCAUAUGCCAUACAACUUAUCAUCAUCAUCUGGGGGUCAACAACAAAUGAAUGUAGCCCCUAGUGUUCAGCACCUACCAAUGUCCCAAACAGAUACGCCAAACUUCCCUUCUGGAGGACAAUCUUGGUUUCCUUCUGGGAGUCAAGAUAUGCAAUCAACUAUGAUUAUGCAACAAACUGUGGAGCCAAGUUCUGGAGAACAAGCUUGGUUUUCAACUGGGAACCAGAACAUAAAGCCUCUAACGCCUUUGCAGCAGAAUGGGGAGCAAAACUCUGCAGGACAACAGUGGUUGCCAGAUGGAACUCAUAAUACCAAAUUUGCGACUCCUCAGUUGGCCGAGGAACGAAGUGCUGGAGUGGUGAAAAAUACUAUGCCUGGUGGCCCUGACCUGGAUGAGAAAGCUUCUUUGGAUUGGAGAGAACACACGACUCGUGAAGGGAAAAAAUACUUCUACAACAAAAGGACAAGGAUUUCUUCAUGGGAGAAGCCAUUAGAGUUGAUGACACCAACUGAGAGGGCUGAUGCAUCUACGGACUGGAGAGAAUUUACUAGUCCUGAGGGGAGAAGGUUUUACUUCAAUAAGGUGACUAAACAAUCUAAAUGGCGUAUGCCAGAUGAAGUCAGGUCAUCUCGUGAGCGGAUGAAUACAACUCUGCAUGAAGAAACACCCACAGUAAGAGAUGCUGAUUCACAUGCUUCUGCUGCUCUUUCCGCCUCUGCAAAUGAAGCAUCAACUCCCAAUACAAAUAAUUUAUCUGUGUUGCCCCAAGAAGUGGUGGUGUCAAGCCCUGUGUCGGAAACACCUGCUGUUGAUCCUGAACAUGCAGUGGCUUCUGAACUAUCAAUCACACAAGAGGACACUGCUAAUUUAGCAUCAGAUGACACGCCGCUGCAUGCUCCACAGGAAAUUGCUGCAUCAGUGGUUCUAUCAGACACACCUGCACCUACUGCUACCCCCACUGCCAUAACUUCGCCUAUGGAAAUGCCAGAUAAAUCUCCUCAGGAGGCUGCAUCUUCUUCCAUAAAAACUUCUGGUGGGGUUACAGAGGAAGAAAAUAAAACUGCAGUGAGUGGAGGCAUUAAUGCACCCGAAUGGAAAAAGCUAGAGCAUGUCCCUGUGGUUUAUGAGAGUAAAGAGGAGGCAAAGAAUGCUUUUAAAGCUCUUUUGGAGUCUGCUAAUGUUGGGUCUGACUGGACUUGGGACCAGGCCAUGAGAGUGAUAAUAAAUGACCGGAGAUAUGGUGCACUAAGGUCUCUUGCAGAGAGGAAGCAAACUUUCAAUGAGUUUGUAGGGCAAAGGAAAAAACAGGAAGCUGAAGAGAGACGUUUUAGACAGAAGAAAGCAAGACAAGAUUUCAAGAAAAUGUUACAGGAAGCUAAAGAUUUGACAUCAUCGACGAGAUGGAGCAAAACAAUAUCUAUGUUUGAGAAAGACGAACGUUUUCAAGCUAUUGAACGGGCUAAAGACUGCGAAGACAUCUUUGAAGAGCAUUUAGAGGAGCUUAAGAAAAAGGAACGAGCAAAGGCUUUGGAGGAGCAUAAGCGUCAUAAAUCGGAAUAUUUGGAAUUUCUAAAAUCCUGUGACUUUAUCAAGGCAAGUAGCCAAUGGCGAAAAGUGCAACACCGUGUAGAAGCUGAUGAGAGAUGCUCACGCCUUGAAAAGAUAGAGCGCCUGGAAAUCUUCCAGGAAUACAUUAGAGAUCUAGAGCAGGAAGAAGAGGAACAAAGAAAAUUGCGAAUGGAGGAACAGAGGAAAGCAGAGCGUAAAAAUCGCGAUGAGUUUCGGAAGCUACUGGAAGAACAUGUAGCGAAUGGCAUUCUUACAGCCAAUUCUCGUUGGCGAGAGUAUAGCACAAAGAUUAAAGAUGCUCCUGCAUUUCUAGCUAUAUCUUCAAAUGAAGCAGGCUCCUCUUCCAAAGAUCUAUUUGAUGAUGUUAUAGAUGACCUUGAGAAACAGGUAGUUGAUGUAGUCUAUUUUCCAUUUAUGCCUUUGGAGCUGUUCUUGUAUUCUUCUAAUUUUUUUGAGGAUUCACCUAGAUUAUUGAGUAAGAGUCACUCAAUGAAAUCUGUAUCAGAUAUCAACCUGAAGCUCAUAUUUGAUGAGCUAAUGGAAUUUGCCAAGGAGAAAGAGGAUAAAGAAGCUAAGAAGCAUAAGCGCCUCACGGAAGAUGUUUAUCGCUUCUUUUUUACUUCAAAGGAAAUAUCAUCAUCUUCCAAGUGGGAGGACUGCAAAUUUCUUGUUGAAGAUAGGUUUGUUGGGGAAGAGAGCUUUUUUGAGGAAAUUUUCAAUAAAGUCAUUCUUGAUCUUAAAGAAACGAAGGAAAAGGAGCGAAAGCGGAAAGAGGAAAAGGCUAAAAAGGAGAGAAAAGAUAAAGAGAGGAGGGAAAAAAGUAGAAGAAGUAAAGACAGAGGAAGUGGUAGCAGAAAGACUAAAGACAGACGCAAGAUUGAUGGAACAGAUAGCGACGGAUCUGAUUCGUAUAGUCUAGAAGAGACAAAAAGUUCGAGGGACAGGAGCAGGAGGCAUAAGAAGAGGCAUUCAGAUGACACGAGUUUCGAUGAUGACGAGAAAGACCGUCAGAGAUCUCAUAGACACAAUGCUGAUUCCAAAAAGCCGAAGAAGGCGGAAAGGCAAUCGUCAAGUGGUGAAGCAGAAACGCACAGCCAAAGCAAGAAACAGAAGAGGGACCACAGGGAUGGUUCAAAUAAACAUACUGAUAACGAGGAACAUAAAAUCCGGGAAUUUGGUGAGGAUGGAGAAGUCCAGUAGCUUCUGCAAGCUGCACAACUAAUGUGCGUGUGCUAUUAAUUUGUCUGUUGUCUGUUUACUACAUUAUAACUCCCAUAGGAUUCUUUAGUUUCUGUCGGUCCUCAACCUAUAGCAGUUUAACCUUAUCGAACUGCUCUGUUAGUUAGUCUCUACAGUUUACCUUUUAGAUUCUAGCCAGUGAUGGUAACUUCAUUUUUAAUGAUAUAAUCAUAGUUGGUUUUCUAGUGGCAUUUUUGCUGCACUUUGAGGGGCCAUUUUGCUCAAA